AUGGCUGAGGUUACAAGUGAUAAGUUAUCAAAGAACGAGUUAAAGCGGCGUAUGAAAGCCGAGCAAAAAUUAAAAGAAAAAGCAGAAAAGGCCGCUCAACAACCUGUUAACGUGGGAAAGAAACCGAUAAAAUCUGAAGAAGAUAUAAGUCCAAAUGAAUACUAUAAGUUAAGAACGGCUGCUGUGGCUGCACUUAAGAGCAGCGGUAAAGAAGAACAUCCAUAUCCACAUAAAUUUACUGUGACUAUAUCUUUGGAAGCUUUUAUUGAUAAAUAUAAUAAUUUGAAUAGUGGUGAAGUAUUAGAUAAUGUAACAUUGUCAAUUGCUGGUAGAAUUCAUUCAAUUCGAGAAUCUGGAGCUAAGUUAAUCUUUUAUGACUUGAGAGCAGAAGGUGUCAAAGUUCAGGUUAUGGCUAAUGCUAAUUUAUAUGAAUCUGAAGAGAAGUUUACCCAUGAUAUAGACAAGUUAAGAAGAGGUGAUAUUAUUGGAUGUAUUGGUCACCCAGGAAAGACCAAGAAAGGGGAACUUUCAAUAGUACCUAAGAAAAUAAAACUAUUGUCACCAUGUCUUCACAUGUUACCGCAUCUUCAUUUUGGCCUUAAGGACAAGGAAACUAGAUUUAGAAAGAGAUAUUUAGAUCUUAUUUUAAAUGAUAAGGUCAGGCAAACAUUUUAUACAAGAGCAAAAAUCAUUUCAUACAUAAGACGCUUUCUAGAUGGCAUGGGUUUUCUUGAAAUUGAGACUCCAAUGAUGAAUAUGAUACCUGGAGGGGCAACAGCUAAACCUUUUGUUACUCAUCAUAAUGAACUUAACAUGGAUCUCUAUAUGAGAAUAGCCCCUGAAUUAUAUCACAAGAUGUUGGUUGUUGGUGGUUUGGAUAGAGUAUAUGAAAUAGGUCGCCAAUUCAGGAAUGAAGGCAUUGAUUUAACACAUAACCCUGAAUUCACCACUUGUGAAUUUUAUAUGGCAUAUGCAGAUUACAAUGAUCUUAUUUCUAUCACUGAAACAAUGAUUUCUGGAAUGGUUAAGAAUAUACAUGGUACCUAUAAGGUAAAAUAUCAUCCUGAUGGACCUGACGGACAAGAGGUUGAAAUUGAUUUCACUCCACCAUUUGCACGAGUACCUAUGAUUGCUGCAUUAGAAAAAGUCUUGAGUGUUAAAUUACCACCAGCUGAUCAAUUGGACACUCCUGAAGCAAAUGCACUUCUUAGUCAACUCUGUGAAAAACAUGAGGUAGAAUGUCCUGCUCCAAGAACAACAGCAAGACUUCUUGACAAACUUGUAGGAGAGUUUCUUGAAGAGAAAUGCAUCAAUCCAACAUUUAUAUUAGACCAUCCACAAAUUAUGAGUCCAUUAUCCAAGUAUCACAGAGAAGUUCCUGGCCUUACUGAAAGAUUUGAGCUUUUUGUAAUGAAAAAAGAAAUAUGCAAUGCAUAUACAGAGUUGAAUGAUCCAGCAACCCAACGUGAAAGAUUUGAACAGCAAGCUAAAGAUCGUGCUGCUGGUGAUGAUGAAGCACCACCAACUGAUGAAGCAUUUUGUACUGCUCUUGAAUAUGGUCUGCCACCCACUGCUGGUUGGGGCAUUGGAAUUGAUCGGCUUACAAUGUUUUUAACUGAUUCCAAUAACAUUAAGGAAGUCCUAUUAUUCCCAGCUAUGAAACCAGAUGACCCCAAUAAAUACCAAAACGACGAUAGUACCAUAUCUCACGGGCCUCUUGUUCAGAAUGGGCCCCAA